CUUUGUCCAUGUCACGAUGCAAAGUCUCUACUUGAGAAUAACCUUAAUAUUACUAGUCCUUCUACUCAUAGUAACACUCAUCCCCACAGCCUCCGCAGCGUCCUGGGACCUACAGUUCCGCAAUCGCCUUCCCCGCCUACUCGGCGAGAGACCUCAUCGUCGCCUAGGCAAUACCCUCGACCUGAAGCAGUGGCUCGCCAGCCAACUACAACUACCCCUACAAGCAGGCGCACCAGCAGUCAUGGGCAGCAACCCCUCCACCAACGCCGUGCUCCCGCCCGAGGACCGCCCCCAAGACACAGGAAACACCGAUGGGAAAGAAAUCAUCCUCUCGGACGUGCUCCCCAAGACCCGGGGCGUGAACGUCUUCGCCUCGCUGACGCGCCAGUUCGAGGCCGUCGAGGCGCGGCUCGACGACGCCGCCCACAAUGUCACCGUGCUAGCGCCGCGCAACAGCGCCAUCCAGGAGCUGCCGCGCAAGCCGUGGGAGAAUCCGGAUGAUAUCGCGCGGUUUGGGGAGGCGCGGGCGUACGAGGGGAAGGAGGGCCAGGAUCGGGCCACCCGGAAUCUGGAGCGGUUCGUCAAGGCCCACGUGGUGGUGACGAGUCCCUGGAAGGAAGGGGAGGAGGCGGAGACGUUGGCCGGGGAUAAAUUGACGUGGUCCAGGGUUGGGGAUAAGAUUCGGAUUCAGCCGGGUGAUGUCGAGGUUGAUAGUAUUGCCGAGAAGGUUUCAAAUGGUGAGGUAUGGGUUCUUGAUGGAGUGAUUAAUUAUCGUUAGAUAUAGUGUAUAGCGGAAGACUGUAGUGUAGAUAUAUAUUGCGGGAUGAGCGACUUCCGCAGUGACGACCCUUCAAAGUAGUUAUGCGAACAGCC